GCGCGGGCGCCCAGGGGACCAAACCGCGGGUGUCGAGCGAACGCAAAGCUCCGAGAGUGGGAGAAACUCACAGCUCAGCCCCUUCCAUGCUGUCCCAGCGCUGCUGCGCAGGGAGGUGGGUGGAGGAGGAGAGGGAAGGGUUACCCAGCACGGCUGCCUGUUAAAGAGAAAUAGCUCCGCUGGCUCUGGAGGAUGAGCAGAAGGAGCUAUUGCAGAUAAACGCCGGCGAGCUGAGGAUGGGAGAGCGGUUUUGCUGCUGGUGUGGGAGCCGGAGCAGGGACCACUGAUGGUUGCCGGCCCCCCGAGCCUCUCGCCUCUGCUGGGCUUCAAUGACCAUCGGCAGCAGCAUGAGCAGCGGGUACUGUAGCUUGGAUGAAGACCUCGAGGAUUGCUUUUUCACAGCAAAAACCUCUUUCUUCCGGAGCUCAACGAACAAGGUCUCUGCCAAGAAUGUAACACAAACAGUAGAAGAAGAAAAACCUGAGCCUCCGACUAUCCAGGAGAUCAAGCAGAAAAUUGAGAAAUACAAUGCAAAAGUAACGAACUGCCUGUUGAUGAAGCUGAACGACGAUGGGACGUACACAGGUUUCAUUAAAGUGCAUUUGAAACUGCGCCGCCCCGUGACCGUGCCGGCAGGGAUCCGGCCGCAGUCCAUCUAUGAUGCCCUCAAGGAGGUGAACCUGGCUGAUAUGACGGACAAGAGAACCUCGUUCUACUUGCCGCUGGAUGCCAUCAAGCAACUCCACAUCAGCAGCACGACCACGGUGAGCGAGGUGAUCCGGGGGCUCCUGAAGAAAUUCAUGGUGGUGGAUAAUCCACAGAAGUUUGCACUUUUCAAGGAGAUGCGGAAAGAUGGGCAAGUGCUCUUCCAGAAGCUCCCUCUCACCGAGUACCCUCUGUACCUCCGGCUGCUGGCGGGCCCCGACACAGAUGUACUCAGUUUUGUGCUGAAGGAGAAUGAAACGGGGGAAGUUGAGUGGGAUGCGUUCUCCAUCCCAGAGCUACAGAACUUCUUGAUGAUACUUGACAAAGAAGAGAAGGAGAAAAUCCAGCAAGUGCAGAGGAAGUACGAGAAGUUUAAACAGAGACUGCAACAGACCUUGAAAGAAGCCAGGGGGAAGCCUGGAUAACC